AUGAAGCCAUUGCUAUCCACCUUCAUGUUGAUCCAUAACCUAAUAGUAAUAUUGAUGACAAAUAAUAAACUUCAUGCAACUCAUGCACAUGAUCUCCUUGUUAUCAAUGGCGGUGGCUUCUCUUGUGAGAGUUGGCUCCUUGGAGUAGAGACUAACAACGUGAGAGGGUGGAAGACCGUGCCACGGGGUUGUGAGAGCUUCGUCGGGCAGUAUAUGAUCGGUAAGCGAUACGGCGAGGACUUGGCGAUGGUGGUCAGAGAGGCAGAGAAGUAUGCAAGAGGGUUGAAGCUUGGAGGUGAUGGAAAGGAGGUUUGGGUCUUUGAUGUUGAUGACACUGCUCUCUCUAACUUGCCUUUCUAUGCUCAUAGGGGAUUUGGAAGACCAGCAGUGCAACAAAGUUUAAGGCUAUACAAGACCCUCUUGUCUUUAGGCAUCAAAGUUAUGUUCCUAGGUACUGAUUUUGAGCAUGAUAGGGACAUCAUUUCUGCCAAUCUGAGGAAGGUUGGAUAUAUUACUUGGGAGAAAUUAUUAUUAAGAAUACCAAAAGUCAAAUUAUCUACAAUCUCAUAUAAAUCCAGUGAAAGGAAGAAAUUACAACAAGAAGGUUACAAAAUUAUCGGUAAUAUUGGAGAUCAAUGGAGUGAUAUUUUAGGUACACCAGAAGGUGACCGCACAUUCAAGCUACCGAACCCAAUGUACUAUGUUAAUUAAUUUUUAAAAUUUUGAAAUAAUUUUAUAAAAAUUAUUUUAUAAAUGACCCUCU